AUGCAGCGCCGUGCAGGGAAAGUUUCCCCGGGGGCCGCGGGCCGCGGAUUCGGUGCGGGCGGGCGCGCAGAGGAAGGAAGAGCGACGAGGAGGCGGAGCCCGCGAGGCGCGCGGGCGGGCGCUCCGCGCAACUUUUUAGUUUGGGCGUCUGGAGCCGAAGUUUCUGUCUCAGUCGGGACGACGCCGCGGCCAGGGCGAAGAAAGGGAGGAAGGAAGGAGCUCGAGGAGGGUAGGGAAGGCUCGGCGGCCUCGGGCACGGAGUGCCGGGCGAUGCGGGCGCGCUACGCUGCCCCCCGAGCCUGAGCUCACCGCCCCGAGCGUCGAGCGAGGCCGCAGCCAUGGAGCCCGCGCAGCAGCCGCCGCCCCAGCCGGCCCCGCAGGGCCCCGCGCCGCCGUCCGCGCCCGCGGCCCCGCCGGGGACCCCCGCGGCCCCACCCGCACCCCCGGCCGGCCACCAGGUCGUGCACGUCCGCGGAGACUCGGAGACCGACCUGGAGGCGCUCUUCAACGCCGUCAUGAACCCCAAGACGGCCAAUGUGCCGCAGACCGUGCCCAUGCGGCUGCGCAAGCUGCCCGACUCCUUCUUCAAGCCGCCCGAGCCCAAGUCCCACUCGCGACAGGCCAGUACUGAUGCGGCCACUGCAGGGGCUCUGACUCCCCAGCACGUCCGGGCUCACUCCUCGCCAGCAUCCCUGCAGCUGGGCGCUGUCUCUCCUGGGACACUCACUCCCACCGUGGUCUCCGGUGCCACCACCCCUGCAGCACAGCAUCUCCGACAGUCUUCCUUCGAGAUUCCUGAUGAUGUGCCGCUGCCGGCAGGCUGGGAGAUGGCCAAGACGUCUUCCGGACAGAGAUACUUCUUAAAUCACAUCGAUCAGACAACAACAUGGCAGGACCCCCGAAAGGCCAUGCUCUCGCAACUGAACGUCCCUGCAUCUGCCAGCCCAGCGGUGCCCCAGACGCUGAUGAACGCGGCCUCAGGACCUCUUCCUGACGGAUGGGAGCAGGCCAUGACGCAGGAUGGAGAUGUUUACUACAUAAACCACAAAAACAAGACCACAUCCUGGCUGGACCCAAGACUUGACCCUCGUUUUGCCAUGAACCAGAGAAUCACUCAGAGUGCUCCGGUGAAACAGCCGCCACCCUUGGCUCCCCAGAGCCCGCAGGGAAGCGUCCUGGGUGGGGGCAACUCCAGCCAGCAGCAGCAGAUGCAACUGCAGCAGCUGCAGAUGGAGAAGGAGAGACUACGCUUGAAGCAGCAAGAAUUACUGCGGCAGGAACUAGCUCUCCGAAGCCAGUUGCCCACACUGGAGCAGGAUGGAGGAACUCAGAAUGCCGUGUCUUCUCCUGGGAUGUCUCAGGAAUUGAGGACAAUGACAACCAAUAGUUCGGAUCCCUUUCUUUAACAGGGCACCUAUCACUCUAGAGAUGAGAGCACAGACAGUGGCCUCAGCAUGAGCAGCUACAGUGUUCCUCGGACCCCGGACGACUUCCUGAACAGUGUUGAUGAAAUGGAUACAGGUGACACUAUCAACCAAAGCACCCUGCCCUCGCAGCAAAGUCGUUUCCCAGACUACCUGGAAGCCAUCCCUGGGACAAAUGUGGACCUUGGAACACUGGAAGGAGAUGCGAUGAACAUAGAAGGGGAGGAGCUGAUGCCCAGCCUUCAGGAAGCCCUGAGUUCUGACAUCCUCAAUGACAUGGAGUCCGUGUUGGCUGCCACCAAGCUAGAUAAGGAAAGCUUCCUCACAUGGCUAUAGAUUGCCGAGAGGCCACAGAGCUAAGGCGUGCAUCCCUCAAGUUCAGAUGAGCCAGUGGCCGAGCUUCUGGCUAACCCGGGAAACAUGAACAGAUGUCCAGCAGGGAGCCUCCAUCACUGUUCCGCUCUCCGCCCGUCGCUGCUGUUACUGUUGCUGACCUCUUCACAGCCGCCCUGAAGAAUCAGAACCACAGAACAACAAGACCCUUUGGUUUCUUUUGCUCCAAUAGCUGCUGUUCUUUGGGGUUGCUGGGGAAUACGCUGUUGGAUGACGGGUGUUCUUCCUGUUGCCCAGUGGUCUUCACACCAUCAUUUGAACUGAACACUCAGACUGGGAACUGAAAUGCUUCAUGGCAGCGCAUUUGUUCAAGAGGUGGCUUCUUCAGCUGCCUUUGACCCUCUGGUCCAACAAGCCAAAAAAACAUGGCGACUGACCUUAGCUGUACUCAGUGCUGUUCAGGAGAUCACAGAGACUGACUUUUUAAUCUCUUCUCCUAGUGAUGCCAUUAGUCACAUGGUGACCUGGAUUUUAUUUAGAAACUUAUAUGGCGUGAGACAGUUUCCAUAGAAAUAUAUUAAUUAUUGCCACAUACUCUAGGUUAGGAUUGAGUGGGGUAUUUUUGUGGGUGCUGGCCUGUCUUCUCUUCCUUUCAAGGUAAUUGAUUUUGUUGGCAUGUAGACAAAUAUAGUAGCUUGGGGUGGGCAAUACUGUUCUUUUGUGGGGGGGCCUCUAUUUCCUGGCUUGUUACCAUCCUAUUUAAAUCUUGGUUAUCUCCUGUCUACAUAUGUACACACAUUUAUAAUGUCGACGGUAGUGUGGUAGAGGAAUGUCUCCUUUCAAACAUUUCCCUCCUUUCCAGUUGAUUUUUUAAAUGGUAGCCUUGAACAUGCAUUUAAAUACAUGGCUAGUUAUGUUUCACAGAUAGGGCGACCUGCAGGUGUUUGAGGUUGGGCAGUGUUCUAGAAAAGGGCUCUUGUUGUGGUAGGGCCCAGGGGAGCUCUUGCCCUCCGUACACUUUGGUGACUUGGACAGAAGCAAGCAAACGGCCUCACUCCCCCUUGAGCGGAUUCAUGUUGGGCAGUCACUGAGCAGGAGCGAGCUUUGGAGGUGGGGCUUCCCUUUGCCUUCGCGUCAGUUUUGGAUGUAAGCUCAGGUACUUGAGUUCUCAUUUGUAGUGAACACGAUGAAGACCACAUUGAGUGUUAUCUACAAGAUCAUUUUUAGAAAACCUGCUCACAUUUUCUUGCUGAAUGGACCCUGGGGAGUGUAGAACGCUGUGAGGUCAUGGGACGGCUGGUGAAGUGAUCAGACAGUAAUGUGGGGGGUAGUUGAAAUUAGCAGAGAACUAGACAUAGGUGUGAUUAUGUCUUUAUUUUCGCAAGAAGAGAGAUUGCUAGAGUAUGUGUCUCUGGGAGUAAUGAUGGUUUCCAAAGAGUAUUUUUUAAAGGAACAAAAUAAGCAUGAAUUAGCUCUUCAAUAUAAGCUGUAAAGUAAUAGUUGGUUAUGAACUGUAGUGGUGCCAGCUAGCACUUCUGUCAUUUAAGGGUCUUUGAAUGCUUCUAGAAGAAGCCCUUAUUUUCAAGGGUUUUUAAUGAACAAGCAAACAAAACAUUCUUUCCCUGGCUACAGCUGCUGUAAAAAGCUCAGCUUUGGAAGAUAGGACCUGUUGGCCCUUUGAUUUAGUUUGUGCAAGGAUGAGAGUAGGAAAGUUUUAUUCAGUGCUCUGAGUGCUCAGAAAUGCAGUUGGUGUGUUAUUAUAUGUGGUGAUUCAUAGUCAGAACCAGUGUAUUAUUCGUAUUCAUAGUCAUUUCUAGCCACUGACUCUAAGGCUUCUACUAAGAAACUAGCUGAAGAUCCGCCCUUGAAUUAGGUCUGGGGAAACGACCAUCAGGAGGAUGCAUUGACUUUAGAAGUAAAAUUUUACUCGCAAUUCAAAAUUAAGCCGCUGGAUGAUAGCAGUGUGUGGUAAGUGCCUGCGGUUUGCAUCCUCUGUGUGGGCAGACUAGCUUUAGUGGUGGGAGGGCGGGAAGGCGGGUGUGGGCUGGUGAAGUUAGUAGGGCUGUGAUAGAAAAGCUUUUAUAUAUUUCUUUCUCAUCAGAAAAGACUUAGCUCUUAAAGUUGUUCCUAAACUCUGAAUUGCUCAAGCUCACCACAAAGUGAGAUGUGCCAUCCUCCUCCUCCCUCGGGAUCGUUUGCCUGGUGAUACCUCAGUGUUCAGCUGCCUUGGUGCCUGACAGCUCUCUGACCUUCUCAACCCUUUGUGCUGACUGUGGGGACCUGAGCCCCUUUGCUGAAUCGCGGCUUCCAUGUAGUCUUGUUGUGUCCUUCCAUUGUAGACGUGUGUAAUGCUUCCUGACUGUAGUGGGUAGCAUGCGGAUAAGAAUUUAACUGGUUAUUCUUGAAUUUCUUUUACAAUAAACCAAUUUUUAUAAGCUUAAAA